UAUAUAAACCCCUUAAACUCUCUUCUUUAUCGCAUAAGCAUUGAGCACCGAGGCGGCCAUCAUUGAGUCGGAAAAGAAAGAGAAGAUAUGGAGCAAACAUUCAUCAUGAUCAAGCCUGAUGGCGUCCAAAGGGGUUUGGUUGGUGAGAUCAUUGGCAGAUUUGAGAAGAAAGGCUUCUAUUUGAAAGGCUUGAAACUCAUCACUGUGGAUCAAUCGUUUGCUGAGAAGCACUAUGCAGACCUUUCUGCAAAGCCCUUUUUUAAUGGACUUGUGGAGUAUAUUAUCUCUGGUCCCGUUGUUGCCAUGAUUUGGGAGGGUAAGAAUGUUGUUACCACGGGUCGCAAGAUUAUCGGAGCCACAAACCCUGCUGAGUCUGCUCCUGGAACAAUCCGUGGUGACUUUGCAAUCGACAUUGGCAGGAAUGUGAUUCAUGGAAGUGAUUCAGUCGAGAGCGCAAGGAAGGAAAUUGCAUUGUGGUUCCCAGAAAGCCCUGUUAACUGGCAGAGCAGUGCCCACCCCUGGAUCUAUGAGUAGAUUUUUAGACUAACCGUUGCAGAUCAUGGUAUCAUCAUGCUUGCCUCUUGUUAGCAAACCUUUUUAUGAACUUUUUACCAAGUUGAUUAUCUUUGGUUAUCAUAUAAGAUGGUAUUGUUGUGCUCUAGCAGUAACAUGAUUGAAUUGAAUUCGGUUUGUAUGAAUAGAAUUUCACUUGGUGACAUGUUUGAAUUUUAUGGUUAGUGGCUUCUAUAUGUUUGUG